UCUCAAAGUUGAAAGAGAAUAAAAAUUGUAACUGAGCUAAGCAGAACUAUGACAGGUCUUGGGACAGGCAACAAAUCAGGAAGGAGGUCGGCAACUGUCGGCCGGUGAACCUGGAGAGAUAAUAGCGGCGAAAAUUCUAACUUCCUUCUUUGCUUUCAAACAUUUUUCAAACUAAAUAAAAAAUCAUUAAAAAACUAACAAUAAUUGUUUUUCUUCGUCAAAUAAUUGUUUUUCGUUUCAUCCACAAAAACCUCUACCCCACAAAUUAAAAAAUCAUAAUUAAAAUUGACACUUCAGUUUUAACUUCCAACAUUUAAUUAAUUAACUAACUAAAGUGAAACAGUAAGAAAUACUAAUAAUGGAAAUAAAUAAAUAUUUUCUCGUUUUCAUGUUUAUUUAUUUAAAUUUAAAAUAAAAUUAUUUAAACAAUUUCCACCAUCAUUUCUUCACUACCUUGCGUGAAAGUGCUCCACGAAACUCGUUCUCCGAUUCGAACCUCAACUCAACUCAACUCAACUCAACACACGCUUCUGAAAUAGUUCUAGAUCUUUCCAAACCCUAAUUUUACGAUUCUUCAAAUUUCUCAUUCAUUUUCAUGAAACCACCUUGGUUAUGAUUUCUCUUAUUACUUCCUUGUUCGAUUGGUUGUAGCUAAAAUAGUUGAGAUCAUUUAGUGCUUGAGUUUACGCCCACGGUGGAUGUGAAUGAUGGAUACUGCUGAGGUUGAAGAAAAUCUAUUUGCUGUUAGUGAUGCCAAGUUACAUGGAGAAAUGUGCAAGGCUCUUUCUAUAAUAUAUUGCAAAGUAUUGGCAAUAUUUCCUUCUUUAGAAGCAGCUAGGCCUAGGAGUAAAACUGGAAUUCAGGCAUUAUGUUCAUUGCAUGUGGCCUUAGAGAAAGCCAAGAAUGUUCUUCAUCAUUGCUCAGUGUGUAGUAAACUCUACCUGGCUGUAACUGGGGACUCUGUUCUCCUUAAAUUUGAGAAGGCUAAAUGUGCUCUUGAAGAUAGUCUUAGACGGGUGGAAGAUAUUGUUCCACAAUCCAUUGGAUGUCAGGUUCAGGAGAUUGUGAAUGAAUUUUCAAAUGUGGAAUUUGCACUUGAUCCCUUAGAGAAGCAAGUUGGCGAUGAUUUAAUUUCAUUGCUUCAGCAGGGCAAAAAGUUUGAUGACGAUAGUGAAAGUUAUGAGCUUGAAUCUUUUCACCAGGCUGCUACUAGGCUUGGAAUCACAUCUUCUAGAGUAGCUCUUGCUGAAAGAAGAGCUCUCAAGAAACUUAUUGACAGGGCUCGGGCUGAAGAAGACAAACGAAAGGAAUCAAUUGUUGCAUAUCUUUUGCAUCUUAUGAGGAAAUACUCCAAGUUAUUCAGAAAUGAGUUUGCAGAUGACAAUGAUUCUCAGGGUUCUGGUCCUUGUUCUCCCACUGUUCAGGGAUCUAUCGAGGAUGGUGUUCCUGUUGGUCAUAGUCAGGCUUUUGAAAGACAGUUUUCAAAACUUAGUUCCUUUAAUUUCAAACCAAAUAAUAAUAUGGAGCCGGGGCAGAUGGCUCUACCACCGGAAGAAUUAAGGUGUCCAAUAUCUCUACAACUUAUGUAUGAUCCUGUCAUCAUUGCUUCUGGGCAAACAUAUGAAAAGGUUUGCAUAGAGAAAUGGUUCGGUGAUGGACACAGCAACUGCCCAAAGACCCAACAAAACCUUCCACAUCUUUGCUUGACUCCUAAUUACUGUGUUAAAGGUCUUGUUGCUAGUUGGUGUGAACAAAAUGGAAUUCCUAUUCCUGAAGGCCCUCCUGAAUCACUUGAUCUUAACUACUGGAGACUGGUAUUAUCAGAGUCUGAGUCUACAAAUUCAAGAUCUGUAAAUAGUGUAAGCUCUUGCAAGUUGAAGGGUGUCAAAGUGGUUCCUUUAGAAGAUAGUUGUGUCUCAGAGAAUUAUGGGGAAAAUAGAGCUGAAAGUGUAUCUGCACAAGAGGAAGACGCUGAGCAGUAUCUUAGUUUUCUGAAAGUCUUGACUGAAGGGAACGAUUGGAAGAGGAAAUAUGAAGUGGUAGAACAGUUAAGGUUGUUGCUGAGGGAUGAUGAGGAAGCUAGAAUUUUGAUGGGGGCUAAUGGGUUUGUUGAAGCACUUGUUCAGUUUUUACAAUCGGCUGUCCAUGAAAGGAAUUUGACGGCUCAGGAAAGCGGAGCAAUGGCUCUCUUCAACCUAGCUGUGAAUAAUGACAGAAAUAAGGAGAUUUUGUUAUCAGCUGGAAUUUUAUCUUUGUUAGAGGAAAUGAUUUCUAACACCGGUUCUUAUGGUUGUGCAACUGCUCUAUAUCUGAAUCUCUCCUGCCUUGAAGAAGCCAAACCUAUGAUUGGCACGAGUCAGGCUGCACAGUUCCUAACCCAGCUCCUUCAAUCUGAUUAUGACAUUCAAUACAAGCAAGAUUCUCUCCAUGCUCUCUAUAAUCUUUCUACUGUGCCUUCCAAUAUUCCAUACUUACUCUCAUCUGGCAUUGUUAAUAGUCUACAGUCCCUUCUUGUAGACCAGGGUGAUGAUUUUACAUGGACAGAAAAAUGCAUAGCUGUUUUGAUAAAUUUAGCUACUUCUCAAGUUGGAAGGGAGGAAAUGGUGUCAACUCCUGAACUCAUUAGUGUGUUGGCUUCAAUAUUGGACACUGAUGAGCUCGAAGUACAGGAGCAAGCUGUCUCUUGUCUCCUAAUUUUGUGCAACAGAAGCGAACAAUGUUCUGAUAUGGUCCUGCAAGAAGGGGUUAUACCUGCAUUGGUAUCAAUAUCAGUGAAUGGAACCUCAAGAGGACAAGAAAAAGCUCAGAAACUCUUGAUGCUAUUCCGACAGCAGCGACGAGAUGAUUCACCUGUUGAGACACAUGAGUCUCCUCCUGAAACUAGUGAUUUCUCUGUGCCACCUGCUGAAAUGAAACCUCUAUGUAAGUCAAUGACUAGAAGAAAGACUGGGAAAGGUUUUAGCUUUUUCUGGAGAAGCAAGAGCUAUUCCGUGUACCAGUGUUGAAAAGUUCCGUAAGUUGUAAAUAUCUCUGUUUUAUCCCCUUGUUCCUUCUUGUUUCUAUGGGGGUUGCAGUGUUGCUUACUUUUUGGUUUUCAAAGCGAAGAAGAGAUGUACAGGCCUGUGUAAUUUAUGGAUUUUGUUUUCUUCUUUCGCCUUUUCUUUUUGUAACAUAAUCUCUUCAAUGCAAGUGUUAGAUUUGCAUUUUUGAAGUUAAUGUAAAUGUGAAUUAUGUCAUAGCUAUUCUGUUUUCCUCAAGUGUUUCAACUUUAAGCUUUUACCCUUGUUUCGGCACGAUGUUGGUAGGUACUUGGUAGUGCGCAUGCUAUAGUAGUUUUUUUAUAAAAGACAAUGGGAUGCCAACUGAAGUAUUUAAAGAAGAUAUUCAGAUUAUUGCUCAAA